AUGUCUCAAUACCCAAUUCUUUCUUUUUCAUCAUCACAUCAUCCUACUUCUAACGAAGCCUCUGAUCGAUCCGAAGAAGAAAAAUGGGUGAUCGGAACUGAAACAACAACAAGAACAGAUACAAUACAGUCUAACACUCCUUCUUCUUCUUCCUAUAACCAAAAACAUUUAAAACAUUUUAAAAUUCUUUCGUACAAUUUAUUCAUGAGACCUCUCGUAAAAACCAAUGCCAGUGAUUAUAAAGAUGCAAGGCUUGAGGAGCUCAUGAUGGAAUGGAAGAGUCGGAGGAUUGACAUUUUGUGUUUGCAGGAAUUAUUCUCAACUGCCAGUUAUCGAUCUUCUCGAGUAUUGAAUGAAUUUUGUUAUAAAAAGAAUGAUCAUACUAAUGAAGAAGAAAAUGUUUCUGAAAAUGACAGCCAUUGUUGCUAUCAUUAUGUACAUUUACAACAAGAUUAUUGGAAAUUAAAACCAAUCGACUCUGGAUUAUUUAUUUUAAGUCGAUUCCCAAUCGUGGAGAGGGAUGCAUUUAUAUUUUCACAGGGAUGCGAUAUUGACGGCUAUACAACGAAGGGAGUGAUUUAUGCACGCGUAGAUUUGCAAUGUGAAACUCUUUCAAGCAAGAGCACAAAUGAAAUUCCAAUGAACACACACUCAAAGCAAUGUCUUGUGUUUAACACUCACACACAGGCAAAUUAUGAUUUAACAAAUCCCAAAUAUUGGAAAAUUCAACAAUCACAAAUUAUUGAAAUUGCACUUUUUGUGAGUGAGAAAAUGAAGCAACAUCCGAGUGUACCUGUAUUGAUCUGUGGAGAUUUCAAUGUAGACGCUCGAAAUAGACAAGAGUGGUACGAUUGGAUGAUGAAAACAAUGAAUGACAUUAUUUUCAAUGAGAAUAUUCGUUCUGAAAUGGCAAACAAGUACACCUUAAUACGGGCUCCCACUGUGGGUCUGAAUGAUCCAGGGACAGAGACUACUCGAAAUGUGACCUCUUCGAGUCCUCACCACACGUAUCAUUCUGACAUGAACCGCCAAUGCAAUGCUUCUUGCUCGAAUCAUGACAAUAUUGAAAAUGUCAAUACAUCAAGUCAGACAUUUUUGCAUGACAUUAUUUUGGAACAUCACAAACGUCAUCCCAUAACCUUUGGAGACGUCAUUCUAGAUGAAGACACCAAACAGGAAAAGCCACGAGAAAUUCAUCUCUCCCAUCCACAUACACUCUGUACCAAACAACGUCUCGAUUAUAUCUUUCACAUUCACCAAGAGAGUAGUUCUUCAGUCUGCACAAAAACACGUCUCGAAUGCAUCAAGUGUUACGUCGAACCAUUCUUCCGAACUCCCAAUCAUAUCAUGCCAUGCACUCAACUCAGUGACCAUUACUCGGUCUAUGCAGAAUUUUGUGUUGUGGAUGAUGCUGUAGAACAGAAUUAG